GGUAUUUAUGCAACUUCCAGGGCGGACUUUUACGUAAGGGUACCGUACCUCACGCUCAUGCCGGUUGAAAUUGGACUCAUAGUACCUUGAAACGGUUGUUAUUGUAGUUUCUAAACAUGCCUUCUUGCACAUUUGCCUUAAAGAUUUUACCUCUAGUGACAGGACGGUUUGGUAGCAGAGCUUCAUGUCCUGCACUUGCAGCUGUCCGCGCCUUGUCAUGCACCGCAGCUCGCUGUCAGCUACACAAUGUGAAGGGUACCGGAGCUUUAACGGGCAAAGUGGACCGGUUCGGUGGAGUGACAGUGAACCUGGCUGAGAUCGGUUUACCUGCGGACAUCAGCGAGAAGUCUUUCAGCACACUAUUGCAAGGUUGGUGCUCCUAAAGUCGGCUAAAGCUUGCAAUGCCAAAAUCACGUCUUAAACCUACCUUAGAUUUCAUUCACAAACAUGAAAAGUUGUACUGAGACGUGAUUGCAGAAAGGACAAACAUGUUAAAUGAAUAAUACAGAACCUAAACAGUUUGCUGGUGUGACUUGGCACCUUUUUCUGGUUUGUGCAUUAAAUAAAAUUGAAAAAAUAUGCAUCAUUCAAGUGUCUAACAGAUAAACAGUAUACAGGUGAUUCUUUUAAUACAAGAAUGAAAGAAUCUCAAAGGGAAUUUUCAGUGACAGAAAUCUGUUAUUUUCCUCUCUGAUUUGCAAAUUUGCUCCUAUUUAGUUUAUACAGUGAUGACCUAAGAAUAUCUAUCAACCUAAAGAAUAUUGAAGAUAUCACCUUGGACUUGGAAGAGCUUUUUUUCCCUCUUUAUUGGCAUUUUUUAACACUUAACACUCACCCCAUAGAAAGCUAAAUGACAAUAACAAUAGAGUGAUAAUCAAUUAAUCUGGAUUGCCAAAUGUCAAAUAUCAGCCUCUUCAAAAACCAUGCAUUUUUAUAAAAAAAAAAAAAAUGAAAGUUUUAAGCAGCAAUCUGUGUUCGGUGAGGUCAGUACCUCCUGAAAUGACUUUGCACUACAGUGGUAAUGUAAUAAACCUGUAACGAUUGGUUUUCUUAAGGGUAGCGGAGGCAGAGGAAGCUUAAAGUGAUUUUAUUGUAAUGAACGAUGAAGGAUGGUGUGAGGUCUGGGGUCCAAAGAGUGCAGGGGGAUCCGUUGUGAGUGUGUGAGGCAGUGUGUGAGCUGACGGAGACAGCGGGUGAGUGGUUCAGGAUCGAGAGUGUGGCAGCGGAGGCAGAGGUUGGGCAGACACUGGUGGCUUGAGGAGGCACUAGUGGAGAAAGGAGGACAGCAGGGAUUAGUAACUUGCAAAACAUUCACUAGAACGCUAAGUUUUCAGUACUGUGAGAGUGGGAAUAAUCUGGCGAUGAGCAGUCUUCAGAGCUGAGCCUAAAAGCAGGUGGUGAUUAGGUGAUCAGAGGCAGGUGUGGAGGUGCAGGAGGAGGAGAAAAGGGUGAAACUCCACACAAAAUAAAAAACACUCCACAGAGCCAUAAAAGUGUCCAAACCAGCAAAAUCAUGACAAAACCCUCAUUAAUGGUGUAGGAGCCUAAAUGCAAUUUUAGUUACUUAAGAUGUGGAUAAUAAUUUAAGUUUACGGUGAUUUGGGUUUAUUUGGAUAAAAUUACUAUUUACAGUAUUUACAGAUUUAAAAUGUUUACAGUUCAUAAAUAAGUUAACAUUUCAUGCUUUCUAGUCAUGUCUGUGGAUCAUUUGAAGCAGGUGUUUCUCGUGGUUUUGCAUGCUUUACUGCCUUCAGUUGAUCUAGUGACGGUGUGGGUGUGGUUACCUGGCGUAUCUCAGGUCAGCGAGCAUGGAGUGGAGCCACACAGUUUUUUUUACCUCGCUCUCGCCCCUUUGUUGUUGGAUAUAUUCCAUCUCUUCAUAUUAGCUUUUUCUGUUUUGUACCAACCUUGCCUUUUUUGAAGUAAACAGUUGAACAAAGUUGGAUCUCACAGAGUUAUUUUAUGUUUUACCAAUGUGGAUUGUAAGGACAGAGGGGACGAUGAGAGCGUCAAGCUGAGGCUUCAUUAAUCAGGAACUUACAAAUGGGUUUGUGCAAAAGUACCAGAGCAGGAAAGAAUUGAGCUCUCCCACGCAAAAAGUUUUCCAUAUCCUGUUAAAGUUGAAUAAUUGACUUUCUCUCAGAUUGUGUUUUAAGUUUGAGCAUUUUUCCUGUUUUAAUGAUUUGUGCAGGCAUCAUUCUGUCACUUUUGCUUUAAUACUUUGCCCGUUUUUUAUUUUUAAUCCCUAACCAGCUGGAUGAGAUUUAAAGUGUCUCUGUUGUUUGUCAUUGUGUCUCUGAAAUCAGAUCAAUCAUCGAACAUUACCACUGAUACUUCCUGAAUCUCCACAGUGCCAUAAAUCAAUAAAGUAGCAACAUCCUCAGUAUAAAAAGCCUCUGGAUAGUUUUAAACUUGUCUCUGGUUUCUCCUCAGAUUCUCUGCUCCAGUGGAAAGCAGAUGGAAAAGUCGCAGUGUGGCUGCGGGUCCCCAUCUCUUUGAGUCGAUGUGCUGCCGCUGCAUCAACCCACGGUUUCACCUUCCACCACGCCAAACACGACCACGCCGUGCUGGCACUCUGGUUGGGAGAAGGAGAGAGCAGGCUGCCGGGGUUUGCAACUCACCAGAUUGGAGUGGCAGGUACAGAUUUGUUGACCUGAAAGCUCACACAGUGCUUUGGAGUGAGGUCUGCAAGAUACUCAUACCUUAACAGUGAGAAUCCUGGCUUCGCAACCAAACAGCGCAGUCUGAAUGAGCAGAUUUGUUCUUCAUCUGAGAAGGAUAAAGACCAGAAAGUACUCAUUUUAUUAUUUUGUACUGGCCGUUUGUUCCAUAUGUGAAAAUCUGAAUAUAAUGAAUAAAUCCUAAUAUUUCCAUCACUGACAGAUCACAGUUAUACAAGUUAUCUGCACCUUGCUAAACAGAAUACUGGAACAACGCUGAGAAUAAAAAACUCACUGUAUGAAAUGAGACGAGAUGAAGUAGAAUAAUACUUAACAUUAAUACUUUAAAUGGAAUAAAAAAAAAUUUGAGUAAAAUAGAAUUGAAAAGUAAACCUGGUGUACAAGGUAUGAAUAAAUAGGAGUUAGUCAGUGCAAUGAGGUUAGGUGGCUGAUUAAAGUAAACAUUAUGGGAUUAAAUGAGAAGAAAAGGUGCAGCACAGUGAACGUAAAAAAAGACAAACAUAGAGAAGAAAGAGGAAAUUAUUAUUGUUAUUAUGAAGCACUUUCAAGUUAAAUACGUUUCCAGGCCUUUGACAUAGCUCCCCCUGUCGGCAGUCCUAUGAGUUCACAGCCCUGAAAUCGAGGCGGGGGGGACAGGGUGGGAGCAUUGACAGAAACGGUGAGCUAUAGGAGAGUAAGGACUGAUUUUUAUAGUUGGGCACAGGUUUUUUUAAUUCAUUUGAAACAUCAGGAUGAUCAUAUGGCUUUAGGAAACCAGGCAGGAUUUUAUAAAUAAACUGAUAAUAAAAACAGCCAUUUACACCCUUGUGAAUAAAACUGGCUAAUUGUUUUAAAUGCAUUUCAGUUUAUUCUUAGUUAAGCAAAGACUACAGAGAAAAUGCUGCACUUUUACCUCUUAUUUAUUCUUAAGAAUAAAAGUUGUGAAAUUAUCAAAUCUCGCAUUUCUUCUGGACACAUGAUAUAUUUUAAUAUGAAUCAAUGCUGCAGAUUUGAAAAGUUAUAAUAAAUAUUGAAGCUAAAGUAAAAAACGCAUUAGGUUCUUUUUAACAAAAAAGUUUUAUUGCUCAUUUUUAUCGUGUGAAAAAUAGUUGUCUGUGGUGCACUCUCCAACUCUGGCCUAUUCGACUUUCUCUCACGUCAUGCUUGUUACUGUUUGGAGUUUGUUGCCUGAGAGUUUGCUGUCUUUCUGAUGUUCCAGCAGAGGGCAGAGUGACGUUUAUGUAUUUUUCUAACCAAACAGUGGAUGCACUGGAAGCAUGUCAGAACAUGUCCAGAGCAUCUUACGAACUGAAAGGAGGUCCAGAAACUCCCCUUCCUUGUUGCCAGAAUCCACCGACACUAACAAUGAUGUCGGAAUCUGAAACAUGCAGCUGUUUGGAUUUUCUGACGUGUGUUAGUCUGAGCACUUCCUGACCACAGCUCAUUAUAAUGACAGAGACAUGAGAAAAUAAGCUAAUUAUGAUCAAUCAGGACAUAACUCUGCAUAGAUAAGAAGAGGUUAUCCUGUCAUUUACUCUCGUGGUUUGUCUAAUGCUCAACAGUCUGCUCUGGGAGAAACAGAUCAGCUAUGAUGAACAGGGAGGACAAGGAAAUCUGAGCUCAGACUGUUGAACUCCUCACAUCAAUAUUUGAUGGGAAGUUUUUCUGCUUAAAUCAAUCAGUUGAAAAUAAAUAUGAUUUGGCAGUCCGAGCAAAACCUUUGACUCAAAUCACGAUUGGCGUAUUUUGGUCCAGCGUUUAAAAACUGCUGAUAUUCUCUGUCCCCAGUAUUCAUUUAGUCUCUUCUCUGUGAAUUUUGAUGUUUGUGCUCAUCAAGCGUCUCCCACAUUUGUUGCUGUCGUGUUAUAAUCCACUCGUAUAUAACAUUUUUCAGACUUGUAUUUAUCUGGCCCCAUUGUGCUUUACACUUAUCACAAUCUUCAAGGUGGCACUUUGUAAAAUACAGUAAUUUUACUGUAAUUCACUGUAAGUUUAGAAAGUUGAGUGGCAGUAAUAUAAUAUAUUUUUCAACACGGCGGCUCAUAGUCCUGAGAACCUGAGCCUAACAGAACCAUAGACAUCAACAUCUUCCCCAUCGAUGAGCUUUUUUAAGGAUGGAGGUGAAAAAACAUGGAGCCUUAAAGAAUUUCAAGAAAUAGCCAAAUUUCUCACACUGUCAAAACUUACUUACGAGCCAAAGUUACUUAGCACAGAUGAAAGUUAAAACAAAGUCGUUUAUCAAACUGUUAAAGCACACAAACCAUCGUCAAAUGAGAAAUCUGACGCUAUGACUCUCCACAAGUUGCUCUUCAAAAAAAAUAUUGACAUCCAAAAUAAUCGCACGAAAAAAAAACCCUCCCGGUGUGAAAGGACCUUAAAGCUGCCUUAAAGGUAUGUUUUAGUCAAUCUGAUUACCAGUGUGAUACCACAGCAGCUUGUUUUAACAUUUUCACAUAAGGUUCAAAUUUGUAACAUAAUGUGCGAGGUAGGAGUUCAUACCAGGGGGCGCCAAAAUCAACACAAACUGAAAGUUACUCACAGAACCGUUGAGGGGCUCACACUGACCUCCGGAGAUUUCUUUCACAGUCUCCUCGUUAACUGUUGACCAUUCGUUGUCUGUCAUUCAUGUAAUUAAUUUGUUAAAACUUGUCGCAGCUUUACAUCCAACUGAGAUCGUUAAAGUCUCCCAGUAAUAGCUCCAAUAGUAUGCAGAAUGAAGGAAAUACUGCAAAAGUAGCCUAGAAGUCACAACCAGUAUUCAACCAGUUUUUGCCAGAGAGCAAAGAGUUUAAAAACUGCUUUUAAUAAAUGGAUGGACAGACUAUAUCAAUAUAUAUCAGCUUUAGCUAGCAAGACUUGAAUCACUUCGCCUCUGCAGGUCGCAGGCGUUGUUUCAAAUUGAGGAGUCUUUCUUAGCACGUUGUUAGAUUCACUCACUUACACUGCCAAGUAUUUGCAUGACUUCUAGCCAAUGGAGAAGAGGCGCUGCUACAAUUGUCUUCCUCACUGGGUAUGCAGCCAAUUGCGUCAUUAAGCACCACCUGCUUGGUAAUACUCAUUGUAAAAUGAACAGGGAAUUAAAGCUGAAACUUGCUCAUUAAACCAUAAAUAACUGUUGAAUACUGAUCUGUCUUGAUGCGUGAAGGUGACCGAUGUUCUCAGUCUGAUCCACCUGAAAAACUAUUGCAGCAUCAGAGCUAUUGUGACCUUAUCAUGUUCACAGGAAAUAACUUUGAGCUCUGGAAAGCCGUGAGAAAAGCUGCCUAAAAAUAUGAAUAUCCAAGAAGACAUCAUUUUUGUGUCUUCACAAACCAGCUGUAACCUCAAGCUGUUCACAGUUUUUUACUACAAAACCCACAGUCUCCUGGUGAUGAUUUCUUUGGAUUUAUAUUCCUGUUUCUCUUUUUUCCUGCUGCUCCAUAUGAGUAUUUUAUUUCCAAGACAGAAGGCUUCAUAAUGAUAGCCUCCCUUAGUAACAACCAGGCCUCCUCCUGCGAAGCACCAUAUGGCACCAGGAUCCCAGAAUGACAUCAGUUUCCACUUGAAAGUCCAAGCCAGGCCUUCAAGACGACCCAUCCCUCUUUACACAUCUGUGACAUUCAUUUUAGGAAGUCUGUAAGCCUGUCUCAGCCGGUCAGACAGAGCAGCCGGAAAAGAAAGUGGCCUUUUCCCUCCUCCUCCUCCUCCUCCUCCUGAGCUGUCAGAAAUGGCACAUAGCAGCCUCCCUUAGUCACCGAGUCCUGAAAAAAAAAGCUGUUCAAACAAGAGAGAAAAAUGUAAAUGUUUAAGUGGGUGUUCAUUUCAUUCAGAAGUGCCGCUGAGUCACUCAGACUCUGUUUGGACUGGAGAGAGUAAGGAAUUUCCCAUAUAUCUUUCUAUUAUAUCGCAUUUAAACCCAUUUUAUUCUGAACAAGCUGCAUAUACAGUAUUUCUCUUUUACAAACUAUCAAGUUUCCUGAAUUACCUCCUAAUAUUCUUCUGUGGUUAAAUCAGCUAUAGUCAUUAUUUUUGUAUCAACCAGCGGGUCCCAUUUUGGUUUAAAUGGUUUCACAGAAAAACCCAGAAAGUUUAAACCAAACCUAUUCGGCUUUAUGAAGCAUUUUAGCAGCUUUCAGCUCACGGUUUUGAUUUUGCAGCUUGUGCCUUUAUGGUUUUGGGUCACUGCUGCCGCUCUCAUCAGCCCAUUUUUGCAGCCACGGCACAUAAACCCAUACAUACCACCUGCUCUGCACUCAGUGGAGCAGCACUAAAAACUCUGGCCUAAUUUGGGUGAUAAUACUUUGCAAGAUUAAAUGGCAGAUUUCACUUUUAUUUAGUGUUUCAACUCAAGUUAGAAUGAUGCCCUGUUGAUCCUACAGCCUCUCUCUUGUGGUGCUCAUCCGUCCCUUUGCUUUUCAGACACACCUGCCUCCUCCUCCUGCUCCUCUUUCUGCUCUCCCCUUUCCACCUGUAGCUGCCUGAUAGUUGUACAAUGUGUCGAAGAUACACUAGUCCACCUUUAAUCUCAGGGAGAAAAAAGGAGCUGCUAGCUUGUAUACACGUCUGACUGAUUGAUCUCUUUUGAAUGUUUUACUGAUCAUUUUUUUGUUGUUUAGGUGCAGUCGUGGACGAAUCCAACGGAAAAGUUCUGGUCGUCCAAGACAAAAACAAGGUCAGAUUUCUCUCAGCUGCUUUUACAAACUGAAUAUGUAACCACUCACACGCCAUCAGAUUUAAUUAGGACGAAGUGUGUCGUGAUUUUUUUGUAGGUUAGCAGGGGAAGGUCCUGCCCUCCUUCGCCUCUGAUUGGCUAGAAGUGCUGGGCUCUGAUUGGUUAUUCCUAAUGGCUGUGAAACGUCAUCGUCUGUCUGGUUAGGGUUAGGGAUAGGAUUAGGAUUAGGGUUAGGAGACUCAGAAGUGCGAUAAUGUUCUGUAAUGUUCUGUUCAAUGUACACAGCCCACGUUUAGCUUGAGUGUGUGAUGACGUUUCCAGCUUUUCUAGCCAAUCAGAGGUGAAGAAGGCGGGACUUUUCCCUACCAUCCUACAAAAACAAAUAUCGCGUCCCGAAAAACUCGAUUUGCACUGCACAUGUGCGAAACAAACGUCACUUCCUCUCUGCGUAUUUCAAUACAUUUUACAGCAGUUAGUCUUUACUAUUUCUACCUACCCGAUCCAUACUGCGCAAGCGCAAAUAAAAACUUUAUUUAAACUAUCAAUCGAUUUCAGAAACCAGCUGGUGAUGUGACAGGCUAGCUAGCAGGAGGCUCCAGGGUUCAUACCGAGGCAUUCGCCAGAGCUCCUGCCCAGCACGGUGAGACAUUUUGGGCCACAGAGAGCGCCACCACCUGGUCCAAAUUAUGGUUCUCUGACUUUUCAAAGAAUCAAGGGGGGAUGCUCUGGAGGUGUUUGGCCUCCCAUGGUGCACCCUACCCGGGCCACAGAGAGCGCCACAACCCGGUCAAAAUGAUGGUUCUCUGACUUUUUUUUAAAAUUCCCUAGCAAUUUUACAAUUCAGCUGUAGUAGGAAACUUUAACCGUGAAACUGGGCGCCAUUCUCUUGUUUUUUUGGCGCUCUGCUUCAGUCAGGGGAAGCACUGCGUUCAGGAGAAAAGUGUGUUGCUGUUAUAAACUGAAGCUUCCAUUCUGACUGAAACGAGCUCGCUGAUGUGAUGCUCAAGUGUCGAAGCUGUCGCAAACCACAAGGGGCAAAGAAUUGCUGAGCUGUGGCAAAGAUGGCUAGUAGAGGAAGUGGCGUUCGUUACAAAUAUGCGCAGUACAAAUGGGGUUUCCUGGAUGGAUCAGGUAGCGACAGUGAUUCUUGCAAUAUCAGCCAUUUAAAAAGUUUUAUUUUGAAUAAAUGAAGGUAUAUGCUGACGUAAACGAAACGUCACAAGUCAAAUUGAAAUCUAUUUCCCUCAGAGCAGAAUCUGGAUACCUCAGAUUUUAAAAGAUUACAUAUACAAGAAUAUUAGUUUGCAGAAAUACACAUAACUAAAAAUGAAAAUGAUGACAUUUCCUGGCUGGUCAGAUGUUAUUUUUGCAGGUAUUGGCUCAGCCCAACAACGUUUUACCACUAGUACAAAAAUGAGCCAAAGAAGCAUCAGAUAUCUCGGUGCCUCUAAAAUUGUUAGUGAUUAGUUGUGUUUGUUUAGCGAGUUGUGUGUCGCCUCUGUUGAUCCAGACGUGGGUGGAAGUCCUCUCAGACCUUCAGCUCCUCUCCCGGUGAACACACCUCCACACAAACCUCGGGUAAACACACUGUUUACUUGAGCUGAAUGCACUCAAACAACUCUGGGAGUGCGAGUCUGCGUCAGCUCUCACAGAGACCCGCUGUAGUGCUGGAGGCGGUACAAGGUUGACUUACAGCAGGCGUCUCUAAAAGGGUCUUUACACAGAUUUGUUUGCAGUCUGAGUUGGCCUAAACAAGAUUGCAGCUGAUUGAAAAGGCCUGAUUGCACCAUGAUGCAGAAAUUUGGAAAACACUUCUCCUCACCUUAAAAACACACGUGUGCUUAUAAAGUCACUUCACACAACCUUUUGGUUACAUAAGAGUAAAAACACUUAUAAAUAAUAUUUUUAACUGACCACAAACCACCACCACCACCACCGCUGCUGAAACAACUGACCCUUUCAUGCAUGGUGUCCACCACAGUGGACAGAACUUUACAUGUUAGCAGCAUGCGCCAACCACAUGGUGGUAAACCCUCAAAGAAUAAUCUGAUAUAAUUCUUUUUGCCAGUUUGAAAUAUUGCAUCAAAAUAUAUGACGGCAGCCAGAGAAGAAGAAGAAACUCCAAGUACUGCUGGAAUAAGAGUCAAAUAUAGCUGUUUAUGGCGAACCAGAAAGAAAUUCUCUAAGUGCUUUUGUUCAGAUUCUAGUCAUCAUCUUUUCUUGUGACUGAAAUUGCAGUAAUUACCCUAAUAUAAGACGAACCUGUUAAUAAAACAACCCCUAGACAAGAUGACUGCAUGAAUCUAGUCCAAACUUGUCUAUCUUUUGUUUCUCUAUACUGAGAACAGACUGUGGCAUCUGUUGUAGGCUGACCUGUCCUUUAACUAGACCUCAACACUACGGGCUCUGUUUUCGUGCUCGCCGGCAGGGCGGCGGAGGGUGGCGCAACCCGCGCAGUGGUAUUUUCGUCAGGUGGAGCCCGGCGCUCAGCCAGUUUGGUAUUUUCGUAGACUGAGGCACACCGAGGUCCGCCAAGCUGGGCGUGGUGGUGGGGUAGGGGGAGAUGUCGACAGAAUCAGCUGGCGCAGUGACAUUUCGUGCUCGCCGGCGGUGCAGAAAGUGGUUAUUUACUUUAAGCCUACAAACAAACAUUAUAAUAUUCAGUUUUGUGAGCCAAAUUUAUUUUAUAUGCCAACAUCUAUGAAAGAAAGAGCCAGGCCACAGAGCGCGAUGCGUCCUUUACGUACAGGUGGUUCCGAUUUUAAUGCCAUUAUUGGAAUUUAUGUUGUGAUCUGUGCACUCAACCCACCUUUGUCAUGUGAGGUUUAAAUAUGUGCAACUUUAUGUGAGUGUCUUUAGUUGUGGAAAAGGAUGUUUGUCUUACCAUUGGGUACAACCUUACAAACACCAAAUCCAUCUGUGCUAAUAUGAGAGAGUGUGGAGGACGCCCUCUGCAGCGCUUACAGUGACACUUGUUGAGGGGCUGCCUUCUGUCACCAUCGUGUGGCAUUGCUGUCUUCAGACAUCUCUUGAUCUCUUCGACUACUUCACGAAAAUUGUAAUAGGGCUCGCCGGUGGCGCAUUUAAAGGUGAGGAGAGGAGCUGAUAUGAUUGGCAAAAAUAGGUCUCAGCUUUGUUAAACCCACUCCACGCCUUAUCCCCUCCCUCUCUACGUCGUACGCCGCUGGAAGGAGCUGAGUUAGGGAGGGGGGAUACUUACGCCGGGCUGCACCGCUCACCAAAAUACCUUAUCGGUGCUGUGGACCUGAUUUACACUGUGCCUGCACCACACUGCCGGCGAGGCAAGAAAAUCGAGCCCUACUGGUUAUUUAUUCAUUUGGAAUUUUAAUAUUUAUUUGGGGGGUUUUGGCUCCUUUUAGAGAGAUGACAUGCCAGAAUCAACUAGGAUGGACUAGUAGACUUGCGCUCCUAAGGGUAUGCUCUGAUUAUUGGGCCAUAUUAUUUAAAAUUUGGACAUAAUUUACAAAAGGAUACUUCAACAAAACAGCAGUAUUAAACAGUUUUUAGAUUUUAAGGUGGCACAUAUGUGUCCUCAUCCAUCUAUGUAGAGGAUGGAAUAGCAAAGAGAGGGAUGUGCUUGACGUCAGAGCAUCUGUGUGAGAGACCUGAUACACUUCUAUCAGCAUUUAGAGUAGGGGUACCUAUUACAGGGGGUUAUAAAAUAAAGAUCAUAUGAUGAAUUUAGUUCACAGUAUCAUCGGCAGAGUUUUAACUCACCCUGCAACAUGUGUCCCAGUCAGGAGGUUUAACAGCGUGUAAUGUAUCUUAACGGCUUUUGUCCUGCAGCAGAGGAAAAAAGUUAGUGGCCUGAAAGUGUGGAGAGAGUUUUAUCUCUUCCUCUCCUCCUCCUCCUCCUCCUCCUCCUCCUCCUCUGCUUCCCCAUAGAGCUGUUUACUGGAAAUGUCUUUAUAACAGUCUUGCCCUUUGGCAGCAGAGCGUCUCUGGCAGAGCGAGCCAGUUCAGAGCUCACAACUUCCUUAAGAAAAUAAGACAAAAACCACACACAGGACAUUAUCAGCCUCACAUCAGCACAAAAGACAACCAACAGAUCCUCAGUGGACUGAGGGAAAGUUCAUCCAUCGGGACACUGAAUGAAAUCAUGGGUGUAAGUGUUUAAUCCACCCCGUAGUCCAAUGACAUUUCACAUUAUUUCCCAAAAGACUCUGCGCUAACAGUUCACGAAUGUUUGGCAUCCAUGAGCAAGCAUUUUUGGUAAUAUUACUUCACAUUCAGCUCCAGCGAGAAUGGACAUUUUACAGGGGAAAAAAAAAAAAAUAAAAUAACACACUCGUCAGAGUUACACAAUAUUCCUUUAUUUCUCCCGACAAACACUUGUUCGAAACAGCUCCAAAAAUAAAGCAUUCUGUUGAAAAUACGUGAAAAAUAAAAGCUGUAGUGCAUUUGUGUUCCUCUCAAAGUUCUCGCAAAAACAAGGAAAAUCUAGGAUAGUAUUAUAGCUUAGCAUACAAAAUUCUUCAAGGAACUACAAAAAUAUAUACAACACUGAUGUUAUAAUUUAACCAGCAGCAUUAUGUUAUUUAAAUAUAGAGGAUAAGUGGUGAAACACUUUUGGAGGACACACUAAAAAAGCAUAUCUCUGACACAUAUAAUGUUGCUUGGAAUAUAUAUCUGACUAUUUGCCAUUCUUUAACUCCAAAAAUCUACUUUCAUACUCAAAGUUUGUGCCACCAAAAAAAGAAAGUGGGAGCUCAGGCUGCACAGGCGUUUCAAACAAGGCUAAAAUAACCACUUUUUGAAGACUACAUGUUGAUAUUACUCUAAGAUACAUUUACAGCAGUGCCGUCCAUCACAAGAUGUGUUAAAUUUUAACUUUUGUUCUUGUGUUUUCAGACCAAGAAUGCUUGGAAGUUCCCCGGAGGCUUAUCAGAUCCAGGAGAAAACAUUGGUGAGCGAUAAACUAAUACAGUACUUCUAGGUCCAUCCUUCAGUUUGACUAUUACGCUUAAAGACGAUAUACAUUCAUUGAACUGUACUAAAUAAGGUACAUAAUAUAUGCAAAGAAUUAUAUAUCCAAAUUCACCUUUUUGAACAUCUCAAAAGCAGCUUUAGUGUUAUAUAUAAGACUCGUCCCAAAAAGCAGCCUCAGAUUUUCGUAUUUACAAAAAUAUAUAAAUGCUUUUUUCCUUUUUGUUCUGAUCUCUAAAAACAUAAAUGUGUUUCCCUCGCUGGAGUCAUCGAGAUGCAUACAUACAUUUACAUUUGCUGUAUCGAAUCUCCCAUAGGUGCCACCGCAGUCCGUGAAGUCUAUGAGGAAACCGGCGUCCGCUCCGAGUUCAGAUCUCUGCUCAGUAUCCGGCAGCAGCACAACCACCCCGGCGCCUUCGGCAUGUCCGACAUGUACAUCAUCUGCCGGCUCAGCCCCGUCACCUACGACAUCAACUUCUGCACGCAGGAGUGUCUGCGCUGUGAGUGGCUGGACCUCACCGAGCUGGCCAAGACCAACGAGACCACGCCCAUCACCACCCGCAUCGCCCGGCUUCUUCUUCACGGCCUGGAGCGAGGCUUCCAACACGUCGACCUCACCAUGGAGGAACUGCCUGCUGUCUACUCCGGGAUGUUUUACCAGCUGUACCACCGCCAGCUUCCUCCCACGCUGAAACCUUAGCCAGCCGUCGAGGACGUGAAGUAGCAUCUCAUGCCUGGAUGAACUAAUUACUCGUGAACUGUAUUUAUGACUGACGUGAUCUUUGCUGUUUAUUUCACACACUGACUGUUACUGUGGAAGAAUUUUGGUGCAAUAGACUCGGUGCAAUCACUCUUUACAUUUUAAGAAACUUAAGUACCUGCAGAGUUUUUAAUGGUUUAUUAAACAUGUUUUUAGCAGCUGUUUUAGGAGUCCAGCAGGUUUGAUUUUCAUGGUAUUGAUCUGAAGUCUGCUGGAGUUUAACUGGGAAUAAAUAAGUGAUUUUGUCAUCAGUAUUUACGCUUUCUAGCUCAACACCUGUAAAUAAAGGUCGGUGUCCAUUAAGGCCAUUUUUAAGCUUGCAGCACCCAUUUUUUUAAGGAAAACAAAAAGCAUUUUAUUUUUCUCUUUAGCGCAAAAACACUUUUAGUUUCAGUAGUUUUUUUUGCUGUUUUCAGGGCUCCGUGUCGAAAACAGACCAUUUUAAAAUCAAGAAGGGACUGAUUUCAACUUUAUCAGCAACAAUAGCGGAUGUCCAAACAAAGGGGAAACUACACUUUCUUAUAUCAGGUACAAUUUUGGACCCACACUCACGCUACACUCUGGAAACUUCCUCUACUGUCGCUGCGAAGAUGUCGUCAUGAGUUGGUCGACUGAAAAUGACUCUGAGGAGCAGAAGUAACAGGGGGACGACUUUGAAGCCGUGGGUGCUGCUGGCUUAAAAUACGGCGUGAAAGGACACUCAUCUUAUUAGCUCUCGAAGCGAAUGAAUGAAGCUAACAGCCUGCCUGUCAUGAAGCUCAUCGUUCACGAUAACAAUCUUGGGUUUUUCUUCAGUGCCAUUCAGACUGUUUGCACAAAUCUCACCUCAUACUGUAGAAGUAAAGUGGACGAAGUAACCACAAACUCAGGAAGUGUUUUAUGUUUUCUUUGAUUUUGUUCAGAUACUAAAUAGUGUUCAAAGUUAUGCAUUGUGCUUGUAUUUAGAUUUUGAUUUGUGUUGAGUUUCACUAUUUUCAAGCAAAGUUUGGUUUCACUUGAAAAAUUGUAUCCCUUGUAUUUCAUAUUCAAGCAUACGGUAUGUCGUUUUUACCGGUUUUCUGUAACUCUUAAUACCUCAGGAGAUGUUUAACCAUCAUUCAGAGAGGCAAAAGUAAUAUAAGGCUUGGGUUUUAUAGGUCUGUACUUGAUGCCAUAGUAAAAGCCAGGUGUGAAGGUACUGCAGGUGUGAAAGUGAGGCUGAAUAAGAAGCAGACACGCUGAGGGUGAAACAGUCAGAGAGCAUCACAGCUGUUUAGGGCAAUGUGCACGGAGCAUGUUGUCUUCAUUGCCGUCACAUCGUCAUUCUUCAGGCAUAAAUAUUCCCAAACCAGAUCCCAGAUUAGCAUUUGGCAGACAUCGGAAGAAAAAGUAUGGCCUUUUGACCCGGUCCAGUUUUGCUUCCAGACUUAUACUGGCCAGUCCGCUUCAGUGCCACGUACAUGUUGGGGUACUUCCUGGAGCGGUAGGUGUUGUAGUUGUUGCUCUCCAGUCGCUCCAAGAAGUGACAUUCAUCUGUUGCUCGUCUCUGUGGAGAAAGCACAGAGGUAAUGUCAGAUUUAGGGGUUAAUAGGAUUUAGAGAAGUUUGCGGUCUGCAGCUUCUCACUGUCAUGAAUGAACGCUGUUUCUGUGCAAAUCUGGGGAAUGUUGGGAAAAACUGUGAAAUGGGGUAUCAGGAUAUUUGAAGUGGCAUUUCAUUAAACAAUUUAUUAUAUUUGAAGUAUGUUAUUUGUGUCUAUCUUCCUUACAUCAUCGUCAGAUUUCAGUCGUCAGGGCUAAUAUGUCGGUGUUUAUAACUAAUUACCACAAAGAGAAAAAAAAAACAGGAAGUUGAAAAUCAGUUAUGAAGCUAAUCAAGAUGUACUGGAGGGAAACUGAGCUUACAUACAAACACAAACAUCAGGGUUUGGAUUUGGUCCCUGAGAUGUCGUGUCACACUUCACCUCUCUGAACGUCGUCCCUCGUAGAAACAUGAAGAAAACAUUAAUUACUGAACGUCUGGCCAAAAUCUUGCUGUCUCGCUGGGCGUUAGCCGCCCUGCACCCAGUCCAACAAGAGGCUUUUGUUUUUAGUCAACUGUGACUGCACAGCUUUGGAGCCAUUAGUCAGAAGACUUUCUCUUUCAACUGGAGCAACCUCGAGGGUGCUUUAAUUAUAAAAAAAAAAAAGGCUGUAGCUGCCAUUAAACAGCAUCAUAGCUCAGAAAUGAAAGUAAGCAACAGUUAUGUGGUCAUGUUUUGUUGUUUUUGUAGUUUGAAAGACACUAAGCCUUUAUCUAAACAUAGCACAGGCUUAAAUACACCGCAAGAAGUACAACCCCUAUUCGCAGAAAAAUGAUAGACGUCCAUUUGAAGCCAGCAGAACUUCAGAAAGGUUGAGAUCAAUGGAAAAGCACCUGGAGUUUACACCGUCAAACUGUUUGAUUGGAUUGCUAACAUGACUGCGUAUAAAAGGGGCAAGACAGGGUCUCUCAGGUGUAAAGAUGGGAAGAGGAUCAUGAGACUGCAUGUUGAUAAUGUUUGUAAUACUUGACGAAUCUGUAAAGAAAUCCCUGUAACAAAAAGGAUGGCUGUGAUCGCUCGGCUUCAGAUUAAGGACUAAAUAGAAUGAACGUUGUGUUUCUGUGAAAGGAAUCAGUUUAUGGAACAAUCUGAACAAAGACAUGAAAGAAUCCAAGUCAAACAUAACAUUUAAAAGAUUAAUUAAAGCCAGUAUGUUAAGGAAAAAUAAGGAAAGUUAUAUCUGAUUUUCAUACCAUUGUAAUUUUGUUGUUGUCUGAAUUGUAACUUGUGGAGGCCAGCAGCUGUAUUUUUAUUUCAUUAUAUAUUUUUUUGUUGUGUUUUGUUUUGGCUGUUGUUGCUUUUCUUUGAUUUGAUUUGAUUUGAUAUUAUGUUAAAUUUGUUUGUAAAUUGAUUUCUGGGAAUAAAGGGGCAGAUAAAAUAAGAUUAGUCUUCUUUCUGCUCCCUUUCAUUCUAGAUAGGAGAACGUUUGUAUUUAAAAUAAAUGGUUUAUUUUUGUUUUUAAAGGAAUGAAAUAAAGAAUAAAUGAAUAAUGAAUGAA